AUGAUACCACUUGGACAAAUGCGAUUAAGCCGACUGAAUCCUGAAUUUACAUCACAUUCUAAACAUUACAAAUCGCUGACUUAUUACGAUUCGGAAACAAGUCCAUCAGCAAAGUAUUCACAAGAUUUCAGUUAUCAUAUAAAUGAUGAAAGCAAGUCUUCUGCUGAAGUACUACCAAGGGAUAACAAGUCUAAGAUAACAAAUGGAGAUCCAAGCGUUUUGAAUACGGAGACGCCUAAUACAUCAGUCUUCGAAAAAUAUCCUGAUAAUAAUAUUAGUAAUUACAAUACUGGUUACAACACCAACACUGAUCUAGCUAAUGUUGAAAUUAACAAAAUGACAGGUGAAUAUUACUUCGAUGAACAUACCUUACCUAAUCAUCAAACUUUUCGUCAAAAGAUACCAGAAGAGUGUAAUGUAUUCACUGCUAUACCUCAAAUAGUCGAGCAGAAUGAUAAGUUGUCGCAAAAAUUUACCGGAACAGAAGAUAAUACAGCGUUUGUCAACUAUGAAGAUAGAAAGAUUCAACCACAAGAAUUUAAUACAGUGCAGAUACCGAGUACAGAACCUAGAGAUUUACGAAGUCAUCACAACUAUCCUAAGCGUAAUACAAAGCUAAACAGUCCACAACCAUAUGAUAGCAGUCAAAUAACAUCUCCAGAAGAUAACCAGUUAAGUACAUCAAUACCUAUACAAUCAUCAAAUAUUUUCGAAUCUUCGAAUGAUGAAAACUUACCAUCAUUUCCAAUCCUUCAAACAAGUCUCCCAUUGAAAACAGUUCAGUCAAUUAAGCAAACAUUUAAUAAUCUUACAGAUCAUAGUCUAAAUCUUACAGAUGGAAAUAUGAAAUAUCGAUCUUUGCAUGAAGGUGUAGAAGAAGGGAAAUUUCCUUAUACAAAAAUGAAUUCAAAAACAAUAGCUGAUGACACAUCCACUGAUACUGUUCAUCCGGUGAAUAUUGACAAAAGUGACAUUUCAAUGAAUAAUCAUGACAGUAAAGGAAAACCAAUAUUGAAUCCUGGUCAAAAUCCCCCAGCACCUAGUAGUUCAUCUAGUCAACGUCGAAUGAUAAGUGGGGCAACACUUUCUUUCCAUCAUAUCUCCUAUGAAGUAAAACUACGUAAGACAACCUGUGCUAAACCAAUAGUGAAAACUGUUUUAAAUGACGUCAGUGGGAUACUUCGACCUGGAAUGAAUGCACUUAUGGGACCGACUGGUGGUGGUAAAUCUUCGCUUUUAGAUGUAUUAGCUGGACGUAAAGACCCGAAGUUUCUAUCUGGAAAAGUUUUAGUAGACGGUAGACCACAACCGAAAAAUUUCAAGUGUAUUUCAGGCUAUGUUGUCCAGGAUGACACUGUGAUGGGGACUUUAACAGUGAGAGAGAAUUUAAACUUUUCAGCAGCAUUACGCAUGACUGUUCGCUAUGAAUUGGGUCUGAAUUCUGUUGCAGACAAUAAAGUUGGGACUGAAUUAGUUCGAGGAGUAUCAGGAGGUGAACGUAAAAGGACUAGUAUUGGUAUGGAACUGAUCACGGACCCUCCAGUUUUAUUUUUGGAUGAACCAACAACUGGUUUAGAUGCAUAUAUGGCAGGACAAGUUUUGAAAACUCUUAAAGCGCUAUCCAAACGCGGUAGGACUAUCAUCUUUUCUAUACAUCAACCUAAAUAUUCAAUAUACAAGCUUUUUGACUCCUUAACUCUAAUCUAUCGAGGUCAGUUAGUCUACCAUGGGCCAGCAAGAAAAGAACCAAUCCGUUAUUUUGGUCGCUUAGGUUACAUUUGUGAAAACCAUAACAAUCCACCAGAUUUCUUUAUGGAUGUUAUACAUGGUGAAUGCUUACGCCAGCGAAAAAACUCAAUAGAUUUUCCAAUAGUAGAUUAUCAUGAUACACAAGAAAGAAUACAUUUGGUUGGUCAACAACUUAUUCAAGAAUGGCAAAAUUCUGAAAUGGCACAACGUGUAUUAGAAGAAGUUAGCUCAAUUGCAAAUCAAUUGAAGGAAUAUGAGAAUGGUAACAAAAAGUUCAAGGAACGCUCACCUGAUAUAUCAUUUUCAGCGCCCUUUUUCAGACAAAUAAAUAAAGUAUGUUGGAGAGCAACACUUAAUCUACUGAGAGAUCCAUUGGCGUCAGUGAUACAAACAGUUGUAUAUUUAUUUUUUGCAUUAUCAAUGGGUACAGUCUAUUUUCAAAUGAAUGAUUCCUUGGAAUCCGGUAUACAAAAUCGAACUGGAUUAUUUUUCUUCUGUACAUUACAAGUGAUAUUUGUAAAUUUGGCUACAAUUGAGCUAUUCAUUAAAGAACGUGUACUGUUUAUACAUGAAAGUUCAAGUGGUUAUUAUCAAGUAUCUGUAUAUUUUCUUUCAAAAAUUUUAUGCGAUAUAUUACCAACUAAAGUAUUACCUAUAAUAUUAUUUAUGCCAAUAUGCUAUUGGAUGGCUGGUCUACAGCGAACAUUUGGAGCUUUUAUGUUUUUGAAUUAA